AUGGAGCUUAUAGAGGCUGCUGGUUUGAUGAAGACUGUCAGAAAAUUUGGUCCUUACUAUGAAGGUCUAGUCAAGGAGUUUGUGGUGACCAUUCUUGAUGGGUGUGAUGAUGUCAAGAGUGAAGACUAUAGGAAGGUGUAUGUUAGAGGACAUGUCGUGACAUUUUCUCCUGCUGUAAUCAACAUGUUUCUUGGAAGGACUGAAGAACCUCAGGCUGAGCUAGAGGUUACAGAUUACCAAGUGUGCAAGGAGAUAACUGCCAAGCAGGUGAAACACUGGCCAAACAGAGGAAAGUUGUCAGCAGGGAAGCUGAGUGUCAAGUAUGCAUUCCUUCAUAGGAUUGAGAUUGUCAAUUGGGUGCCUACAAAUCAUAUUUCAACUAUCUCUAUUGGGCUUGGGAAGUUUAUAUAUGCGAUUGGAACAAAAAGAACUUUUGAUUUUGGGAAGUAUAUUUUUGAGCAAGUUCUGAAGCAGACCUUCUUAACUGUUAUUGUGAAGAAAAAGGAAUCUCAUUUAUCCCUCCAUUACAAACUGUUUGCUGGAACACAUGUUCAAGAUAUUGUCAUGACAUCUUCUCAAGUGCCUGGCCCUGCCACUUCCAAGAAGAGUGUUAUUGUACAGAUGAAGGAGACAUGUAAAGAAUUGGAUGAUUCCAUCCGAUCUAGCACUGCUACAAAGAUAAAGCUUGAAAAAUUGAUCAAGGCUUUGAUGGACGAAGAGGAAAAGGAAGUUGGCCAUGGUUGUGAUGACAAUGUUGGAGUUGAUGUAGAGGACUCUGCUGGUGGCAAUGAUGUUGAGAAUGAUGAAGAUAAAGAAGCAGAAGGAGAGGAGUAUGCUACUACUGACUCAGAUAGUCACAAAGAUGUCUGA